AUAGAUGUAGAUAAUUUUUCGCGGAUUACGAAUCUAAAAUAUUUUUGACAAUUUGUCUCCAAAUAACUGAGAACUGCGGGAAAAAUGUUCAAAAAAAUCCCCAAAAUUUCCAAACUAUUUGAAACCGUUCCGAAUGGCUUUGAGAUCUGUCACUUGUCAAUUUAAAAUAACAAACUUGAUAAUUGUCACAUAACCCUACUUUUGCAUAAAAUGUUACGACACACUUUAAAUUUAAUAAACACCAGUAAAACUCACCUUAAUAAGCGACUUGUGCAUGCAAACAAGAGGUUAUGUUCACCCGGUGCCUAUGACGCAGAGGGAAAAACGACUGUGAAUAUUUUAAACAAUGAAACCGAACUGGGAUUAAUGAUCAACGGAUUCAGUCAAGUGGGGUUUCGGUUAAACAAUGACUUGACAGUGUUAGGUUCAAUGGUGAUAUUCCCAAGGUCAGUCUUAUCGUGGUCAGUUACCAACUGUGAUGAAAUCACAGAAGAAUCCCUUAGUUUGUUGACAAUUUUAGAACCCAAAUUAGAUAUACUGGUAGUAGGAACUGGUGACCCACAACAAGACUUGAGUUUUUAUAGAAAAAUUAUUCCUUUUUCUCGUAAAUAUAGAAUCGCGUUUGAAGUACUCCCAACUGAGCAGGCUUGCGCCACUUUUAAUUUUCUCAGUUCGGAAGGAAGGAAUAUCGCGGGGGCGCUAAUUCCACCACAGACUCUCACAGUAGACCAAGAUGACGAACUCCAGACUAAAUUAAGGUAUCAAAAUUUAUAUGAAAGAGAAUAAAUUGUGGUAGUAA